UCGGCAUUUCUAAGUCAGUCUCGCGCGUACAUUCAACGUGGUUGGUAUGGCCGAGUGUACAUCAUCGCCAACGACGCUGUGCGCGAAAAAAUUACUGAUUAAUACAAAAUCGACAAGUUGGCAACAACGUCUCUUUGGAAAGCAAUUAAUUAGAUGUAAUCAAAUUAAUAAUCAGGAUAUUAAACAAUACGAAGUUAAUAGUGUAUUAACAAAUGAGGAUGGUCAAUCUCUAUGCGAUGUGAUUGGUGUUUAUUUUAGUUUUAUUAAUCCCGGCGCCACGUGCGAUGAUUUUACACGACAAUUGACAGAACUUUAUAAUAGUGUCAAUAAUAAUAGUAGUGUGACCGAUGAGAAUUUGGAGAUUAUUAAAAGAAAAAGAUUUGAAGUCGUGCACGUUGUACUUUGGAGUAAUGUUGCUGACGUUCUCGAUUUUGACGAAAGCUUCAGAAAUCAUAUCACUGAUCUACCAUGGCUCGCAGUUCCUAACAAAGACUACGAGAGGAAGACACGACUGACGAGGAGGUACCGAAUAAAAGCGGGAGUGCCAACUCUGAUAUUGCUCGAGGGUGGUAACGGCUCCGUCGUGACCAGAGGGGGUGUCGAACGAACCCUUGCAGACCUUACUGGAGCGAACUUCCCUUGGAAACCACCUCAUCCAAAAGCUACCCUCGUGGACGGCCCUCUUUUACCCUGUGGCGCUCGCGACAGCAACGAACCCAUGCUCUACGAGGAGCUUCGACACUACUUCAAGGGUGUCUACUUCAGCGCACACUGGUGCCCACCAUGUAAAGCCUUCACACCUCAAUUGGUAGAUACAUAUCAAAGAAUUCGAGAAAGAGGACACAAUUUCGAGGUCAUUUUUGUCAGUUCAGAUAGAAGCGAGGAAUCGUACAACAUUUACACGGGAUCGAUGCCCUGGUUGAGAAUACCAUUUUCUCAGGAAGAAAGAAGACAAAAAUUAGCGAGGGCCUUGGACGUUCAGGCGAUUCCAACGUUGGUGAUUCUCGACCCUCGAGAUAACAUAAUCACUCUAGAGGGACGAGCAGAACUUCUCGAAGAUCCCGAGGGGCUGAAUUUCCCAUGGACGAGCCGUUUAGUGAAUAUUUUAACGGAAAAGUAUGCAACUUCAUUGCACGAUGCACCGGCCAUUAUUCUCUUUGUUGAGGGUGACGACUGUGAAAUACAUUUUGGAGAAACAGUUUUACUACCGGCCGCAGAUGCCUACAGGAGAGACAGACCGGAUUACGAUCCGAAUUUCGAUGAUUUGGACGAUAUGCUUCAAUUUUUUAUCGCACUGGACUGCGAAACAUCGGACAUUCUUCGGGAGUUUGUCGGUUUAGAUGAUGCGGUGCCGUUGCUCACGGCAAUCGACAUUCCACGAGGAGUUUACGCCGUCAUGGAAGACGGAGCUGAAAUCACUGUCGACUCUGUCCAACAAUUUGUCGAUCGCUACCGCAAUAAUAAACUUCCCACAAAUAAAAUUGCCGCCGUACGCAAAUCCACUCGUUCCGAACAAAUAUCAAACUAAAUAAUGCAACACAAAGAAAAAAAAAAGAGUAUAAACUCUUUUUUCCUUUCCUAGAACUCAAAAAAAAGUGUGAUGAAAUUAUUGAAUGUGCGCUGUAAAACGUGUAUAAAAAAAAUGAUUCGAAAAAUCUUUUUUUUUUAUAAUUAAUCAUUCAUGUAACAUAUAUAUA